AUGGGGAACUGUCUACAGAGGAAAAUCAGGUGGCAGCUGGGCACUCAGGAGACACACUGGAAUCUGAGACUCCAGAAUGCCAAGCAGAGGGCACGCAGUUAUUCCAGAUGCUGGAGUUGUUGCCACAUCGUUGAAGGGUGUUCCUGCCUUCCUUGGAAAAACCUAAGCACAUUUAAAACCAGAAAGGAAUCCCCAAAGCAAAAUAAAGGGAUGACUUCAGCUCCUAUGCAGGACAAUGCUAGCCAGAUGUACACAGAGGAGUUAUGCUAUGUGCUUGUUGAUCACAAGGCCCUUGGAGGAAGACCGCCAGGCACCUCUGCCGAGGGGUUCUACGAGAACGUCUCCAGCCUGACUGAGAGACACAGAGAGUCUUCAAGAGGAGCAGAGACUGAGUAUUCCGUUCUCCGUUUCUCUCCCACCCCUCAGUCCCCACCUUCCACAGAGGAUGAAUAUGAACUUCUUGUGCCCAGCACACUCCCGUCUCAUGCCCCUCAACAGCCACGGCCAUUUACAACUGCCUUUGAGACUCACUUUUCUCAUCUAAAAUGA